CACGCAUGUGCCGUGAACCCGGAUGUAUCAGGACUUGUUUGAAUAAAGAACAAAAGCAUCGGGCAGAAAAUGCAUGAUCGAGACCGUUAUUAGAAAGUAAAGGGAUCUGGUUCCGUUCGGGGUAAAGUACCAGCGUUCGUUUUAGAUGAUUGAUUACAGUAACUCACACGUUGGAGUUUUACUAUUUGAAUGCAUUUGCUUUUAGUCCUAUAAACGCGGCACCAUACCAAUGCGUGAACAUACUUGCAGCAGUCUAUAAACAUAACACUGUAGCUUUAGUUGUAGUGCUGCAAUGCAUUUGAUUCACGUCUACGGUAAAAAGUACGAACGCGGCAGCAACUGGUCCGAGCCAGAGGUGCUGGAGCUGCUGCAGAUCUGGUCAGACGUGCCAGUCCAAACCGAGCUAGUGACCUGCCUCCGAAACCAGCAUGUGUUCAACCGAAUCGCCAGCACUCUGCGGCAGAAGGGCAUCAAUCGGACCGGGGAUCAAUGCAGGGAGAAGAUCAAGAAGUUGAAGCUGGAGUACAAGCAGAAGACUUUGAGAUCCGCGAGGUAUUACGAGCUGAUGGAAAGGGCGCAGAGUAACCGAUCCGCCGCUACCUCCGGUUCGACUUUGCCUUUAUGGGGCGGCACGGUUACGAACCAGGUAACCGGACUGCAGGGGUCAGAGGCGCCGGGUCAGCCGCCCAGAGCAGGUGAGAUUCUGGAGAUCAAGACGGAGGUGAUGAGCUCGGAUGAUGAAGCGGUGGGCCCGCCUGAGAUGCUCUAUGAGUUCGGACCUGUUGAUGAGGAUGAUGAAGCUGGCGCUGCUGAGCACAAACAUGCGGGUCCAAACACAGAGGAGAACACUGAGAUGGACGGAGAGCAGGGAAACACGCAUGUCAUCUGUUCCCCAUCAGAUUGCAGUGACCAGAACAUGACUGGCUCCUCCGGUGCGGGUGUAUCCCCGGCAACAGCUCCCAUUGUGAUGAGAGAUGGAGGUAGCCAUGGUGACCAAGUAGGGGGUUCCGGAUCGUUCCAUCAGAGGAAGCGUCGGCGAGUGGGACGUGGGGGCGAUGGGGUGUUAUCGAACGCUUUGGCUGGAUAUCUAAGCUGGCAGCAGACAGCAGAAGAGCGUUUCCUGGCUCUGGAGGAGGUCCGGAUGCAGCAGGAGGCGCAGGCCGAGGAGCGGAGGGAGCAGCAGGAGGAGAGACGAGCAAAGCAGGAGAGAGAUCAUGAGUUUCGUCUCAUGUCCAUGUUGACCAAAGUCCUGAGUUCAUCACGUGGGAUGGAAGACCAGAGUGCCUCCACCCGCAGGGAAAUGCUCCCGGUGCCCAGUACCUCACAAACCUAUUUGUUACCCAACAGUGCCAAAGCUGUACCCAGCAUGCUUUGGGGUGAUCAGAAGGCCCAGUACAGCCCGUACCUUUCCCGGCGUGGCAAUAGCAUGCGGCUGCACCAGGGAAUCCUGCAGGAAGGCUACAAUCAGUAUCACGCCAACGUGCACGACGAGAAUUCAAAUCCUCAUGGCAUUAUAAACUUAGGAACCAGUGAAAACAAGCUGUGCUUUGACCUCCUGCAGAAAAGACUGAUGCGACCAGACAUGCUUCAGAUUGAUCCUGCUAUGCUACAAUACCCCGACUGGAAAGGCCACAGUUUCCUUCGAGAGGAAGUUGCUAAGUUCCUGUCGGACUACUGCCGUUCUCCCAAACCGCUAAAGCCCAAGAACGUCGUUGUUAUGAACGGUUGUGGGUCUCUGUUCUCGGCUUUGGCAGCUACGCUCUGUGACCCAGAAGAUGCCAUUCUCAUCCCGUCACCCUUCUAUGGUGUGAUAACGGAGGAUGUGGGCUUGUACAGCAGUGUCAAACUACACCAUGUGCCACUUUACAGUCAGCCCACAGGAAGUGAUGUCAGACCAUUCCAGCUAACUGUUGAGAAAUUGGAGAACUCUCUUAAAGAGGCCAAAAAAGAGGGAUUGAACAUCAAAGCCCUUAUCCUUUUAAACCCCCACAAUCCACUGGGAGAAGUGUACUCGUCUGAAGAGAUGAUCAGCUUUCUAGAGUUUGCCAAAAUGCACAAGCUUCAUGUGAUCGUGGAUGAGAUUUACAUGCUCUCCGUGUUCAACGAGACAGACACGUUUCGCAGUGUUCUCAGCUUGGAUGGGUUGCCAGAUCCCCAAAGAACCCACAUUAUAUGGGGCGUCAGUAAGGACUUUGCUAUGUCAGGAAUGCGAGUUGGCAUGGUCUACUCUGAGAAUAGAGAUUUGGUUCAGGCCCUGGAUCAGCUGGGCUGCUUCCACGGUGUCCCAGGACCCACACAGUACCAGAUGGCACAGCUUCUCAGAGACAGAGACUGGCUGAAUAGUGAGUUCCUUCCAGAGAACAGACAAAGGCUAAGAGAGGCUCACAGCUUCAUGACAGAAGAGCUGAAGAAACUGGACAUACCUUUCCUGCACAGGAGUGCGGGUUUCUUCAUCUGGGCAGACUUGAGCAAGUAUCUGAGUGAGAAGACGUUUGCUGAGGAGCUGUUUUUGUGGAGGUGUUUCCUCAAGCACAAGGUUCUGCUGAGCUGCGGUCAGGCCUUCAGCUGUGUGUCUCCUGGCUGGUUCAGAAUCAUCUUCACUGAUCAACUGCAUAAACUAAAGCUAGGUGUGCAGAGGAUUAAAAAUGCAUUAGAAGGACUUCAGGGCUCUUCAGUGCUUGAGAGACAGUGCACAACAAGUGACGAACGGGAUGACAGCCUUGGGACAGCGAGGAGGGAAGACACUAAGACAAUAGAUGAGUGCAAAGAGCAGACACUCAAGACCUCAAGCGUUCAAACCAAACUUGACACAGUACACAUUAAGACAGAGCCCGUCUCAUUGGCUGAUGAGAACUUUACAGUUAUUAAUGGCCAAUCCGACAUCCGCUCAGAGAGUCUGGACUCUCUGAUUGGUACUCUGCGACAGCAGAUCCACACGUCUGAUUGGCUGGAGAAGCACAAGCCUGAGCUAGCUGCUGGACAAGACCCAACACAAUUGGAUGUUUUCACAGACCUGCUCGAUAAAGCCAGGAAAUAGAGUAACAGUUGAUAGAAACAAGUUGUCAAAUACUUUUUAUUUUAUGAAAGAUACUUUCACCUUAUGUACAGUUUAAAGGCAAACUCUGUUAAUUGCAGAAACAACACAGCGGCGAUCCCUGUAAUUAGAGAUUGAAACAAU